UUAAUACAGCUCAAACCCAACUUUCUCUCCCCUUUUUUCUUACAAGUUUGAAUAUCAAAGUACGGUCUCUUUUUCUCUAUAAUAUUUUUUUAAUUAACCAUACACAUUCAUCAAAUCCAUAUUCAUGCAGCUGUUACAUUUUAUAAUAUGUCCUCUUACUUCCUUUUGAGUGUGUAUAUGUGCUGCUUAAUUAUAUUCCCUCAUCACAACCUCAAUCUCAAUCAUGUUUCCAAAUCUCAAUCAUGCUUCUUCCACUUUGAUUCUUAUCUAUCUGGAUCACAAUUCUAUUCACAGCCUUUAAUCAAAGAUCAUAGCAUUUUUUUUUUUUUAAAUCACCAUCUGAUCAUGAAGAUCACCAAAACUCAUUUGGGUCUUCUUCAUCGUCGUUCUUGAUUUUCUCUUGGCAAUGGGAUCUACAAAUCUUGGUCUCAUCAUCAUCGUCUUCGUCUUUUGCGUCAUCUCUAAUCUACAAUCGAUGGUUCAUUGCAUCAACAAUAUUCAAGAUUUGGACGAUCUGAUCCGUUCAUACGCGGCUCAUGCCACUACUAGAAGACACACAGGCUCGUUGUACGAAAUUUCACUUCCGUCGAAUCUUUCCGACAUCAAAGCAUCGGUUGUUACGGUCCGUAACAGUAUGUUCUGGAGAAAAGGAACAAACUUUAGUGGUGUUUUGAUUCCUCCGAUGGUUAAAACAACGCCGUACGCUAAAAGAAUAGCUUUUGUCUAUGAGAGUUUCGGUGAUCACUCUUCAUCGGUUUACUUCCGGUUAGCUGAUAAUUACUCUUUCGUUUCUCCGGUUAUUGGAUUUACCGGUUACGACGCGACCAACAUGAAUGAUCUCAAAAAAUUGAAUCUUUCGAUCAAGAGAGACAAGCCAAUCUUGAUCAAAUUCGAUCCUUACGCUUCUCGUAAUCGCUCAAGAAUCAAAUGCAUCGUCUUUGGAGAUAACGGUUUGUUGUUGAAUAUCAGCAAUACGAUACGGAAUUACGAAUGUGCCACUACGCAUUCUCAUGGGCAUUACGCACUUGUUGUCCUAAACCAGCAGAAACCCAAACCGGAACAGGAACCGGAGUUGGUUCGGAGAAAUUGGUGGUGGAUUGUUUUAACCGGGAUUGGAGUUUCGGUUAUUGUUGUUAUGGUGAUCAUUGUUGUGGUGAAAGUAGUGAAGAAGAAGAGGUUAAGAGAUAUGGAGAGAGAGUCGGAGAAGAAUGAAACGAUCGGAGAUGUUUGGAUUGGUCGGAGUAGAAUGCCGGCGGCGACGAUGGUUAGAACUCAGCCAUGUUUGGAAUAUCAUGAAGAUCUUCCUUCAUCUUCGAAUAUACCUUGAUUUUUUUGACUUUUUGUAGUUUCUGGCUCUGUGUAUAGAAAGUUACAUUCAAAGUUUCAAGUUUGUUUCCUUUUGAACUUCUUCCCGUUUUUCUUAUGUAUGAGUAAACUGUUCGUCGUUUUCGCCCUCCAUUUCUCUUAGUUAUUAUGGAGGGGGCAGUUCAUAAAUGUUUGAAUUACUCAGCUAAUAACUUACUAUUGGUUGGUGGAUUGUGAAA